AUGAAUUCAUCGCUUUUCCUCGGUCCUUCUCGUCUUGCUACCUCGUUGUUGCGAAGCCAGCUGUCCCGACCUCUUCCGUCAGUUCUUCGGAUACACUUGUCCUCUGCCGACUACAAAGUUAGAAGAACUGAGAAGAUUAAAAAGCAAACUUCAUCAGUUCUCCAUUCGGCCGUUGCUGCUUCAGAAAACAAUGUAUUUGUUCAAGGAGCAUUGAAGGAGAUGAAAGAGGUUGAAGAGGUUUUAUGCGAAGAGUUGGCGAAGCAUUUCUCUCCUCAGGUUGAUCUCCGCGUUUAUGAGGAUUUGUUGGUGAAACUAGAAAAGGGUGAUGAACACAAAAUGGGUCACCUAGGUCGAGUUUCCUUGAAAAACCCCACAAUGGUUAUGAUCAACUUUGCCGAUAAUCCUUCAGCUAUUAAAUGGGCAAAAUUGGCCAUUCAGAAGUCUUAUCUUAAUGUGACUCCACAACACGAAGGAGUGGUCUUGUAUCUGCCUGUUCCAAGAAUGACCCGAGAAAGGCGGGAACAACUGGCACAUGAUGCCAAGGCGAAGAUUCUGAACGAAUACAAACAGGCGUUGAAUGAAAUUUACAUACGCUUUGACAAGAAAUCAGCUCAGUCAACGACGAAACUCGACGAAGAGCGCCAGACGCAUCAAUUACUGCUUGACCUCAAGCAUGCUAUGGAAAAGAAAGGCUCAGACCUUAUCGAAACGAAACGGAAGGAACUGCUUACUGAGAUGUCAUAG